GAGCGAGUAAGGACUGAGAGUUGGGAGCAAAAGAAAUGGGGGGCGGGGGUGGAGGGAGCAAGAAAAUACUGGUGGGUUUGGUUCUGGUCAUGUUUCUAGGAAUUGCCGUCUACUUGCGGCUUUGGACCAUCGACUAUUCCAUUUCUUCCGACGAAGCCGACCUCCUCAGGCGGCAGUUCGACCUUGCGAAUAGGGAAGCAAUGGAUGAAUCUGCUGAGUGGAGGCUGAAAUACGAUGAAGAAGCCAAAAAGGCUACCAAGUGUAUCAAUCAACUCAAACAGAUAAAGGGAUUGUUUGGGGAGGGUGAUGGAAAUGCUGCUAACGUCGACCAGAAAUUGUUGAAUCUACAAAAGGAAAAUAUGGCCUUGGUAAAACGGAUGGAAGCCUUGAAACAGGAGCUUGAGGCUGAGAAGCUGAAGUGCAGCGUUCAGUAGGUUAUUAUAUCAUCAGGGGUCAAAAGAUACAGCGUAAUCAAAUUCACCGCAUUUUUCAUUUUGUUCAAUCCUUAUGCUCUCAACCACGAAACACACCCCAUAAGCACUCCAGUUUAAAAGUUUUUAGCUUCAUUGGUUACUUAAACCAUCAAAGACAUAUUUUUGGACGAGAUGCAUGUGCCCCCGUGCAGUUCUUAAUUCAUGCUGCCUUCCGGGAAACUGAGGUAUUCGGGUAAUGACUGCUUUUCUUCUACUAAAUAUACAAUGACAUUUCCUGUUUUGCAUCUUACUUAUCUUCAUGAUCGGGAGCCAAUGUAAAUUGUUCAACCUUGAAAGUACCAUUUUUUAUUCCUUGUAAAAUUCCCUGUUGUAAUGGAUCUCCAUGAUUUUUCAAGGCGUGUAAUUCAUUUAAUUGAAAGAUGUUUGGAUGUC